ACGGCAGCUAUUCCAGGGGCAACAACUGCUUCCCUCUGUUCUCACCUCCCCAUUGGUGGCUUCCAACCCGAAUUUGGGAAUGGGGAGAUCUCCCACCUGUUAUCUUUGAGCAGACUAAUCUCUUGUAAGCAGAAGUAUGCCAUUAGGAGUCUUCAGAGCCCCUUUGCUUUGGGGCUAGGUAUUUCCUCCCAACUCCGGGCUUUCCUAAAGUAUUGCUUUUCUCUGAGCAUGCUUUAGGGUUUUUGUUUUGUUUUGUUUUUUAAUCAUAAGCAUCUAUAGUACAGUUUUUGCUUAGGUCUCACUCAUUGUGCUCGAGGGGAGAAAACACCUAUUAAUUGGCCUUCUCCGGUCUCAUUUAUAAGAUUCAUUCUUUUGCAUUGCUCUGCUAGGAUUAAAACACAGUUAGACCAUGGGUAACUUAUUCGACUUUGGAGUUCUUUUAAUUCUUCUGAAAGGUUUCAAAUCCUCUAGAAGCCAAAAUGGGACACAGUAAACAGAUUCGAAUUUUACUUCUAAACGAAAUGGAAAAGCUGGAAAAGACCCUCUUCAGACUUGAACAAGGAUUUGAACUACAGUUCCGACUGGGCCCAACUUUACAGGGAAAAGCAGUUACUGUGUACACAAAUUACCCAUUUCCUGGAGAAACAUUUAAUCGAGAAAAAUUCCGUUCCCUGGGUUGGGAAAAUCCAACAGAAAGAGAAGAUGAUUCUGAUAAAUACUGUAAACUUAAUCUGCAACAGUCUGGUUCAUUUCAGUAUUAUUUCCUUCAAGGAAAUGAGAAAAGUGGUGGAGGUUACAUAGUUGUGGAUCCCAUUUUACACGUUGGUGCUGAUAAUCAUGUGUUACCCUUGGACUGUGUUACUCUGCAGACAUUUUUAACUAAGUGUUUGGGCCCUUUUGAUGAAUGGGAAAGCAGACUUAGGGUUGCAAAAGAAUCAGGUUACAAUAUGAUUCAUUUCACCCCAUUGCAGACUCUUGGACUCUCUAGGUCAUGCUAUUCCCUUGCCAAUCAGUUAGAAUUAAAUCCUGACUUUUCAAGACGUAAUAAAACGUACACAUGGACUGAUGUUGGACAGCUAGUGGAAAAAUUGAAAAAGGAAUGGAAUAUUCUUUGUAUUACUGAUGUUGUCUACAAUCAUACUGCUGCUAAUAGUAAAUGGCUUGAGGAACAUCCAGAAUGUGCAUAUAAUCUUGUGAAUUCUCCACACUUAAAACCUGCCUGGGUCUUAGACAGAGCACUUUGGCAUUUCUCCUGUGAUGUUGCAGAUGGGAAAUACAAAGGAAAAGGAAUACCUGCUUUGAUUGAAAAUGAUCAACACAUGAAUUGCAUUCGAAGAAUACUUUGGGAGGAUGUUUUUCCAAAGAUUCAACUCUGGGAAUUUUUCCAAGUAGAUGUUUAUAAAGCAGUUGAACAAUUUAGAGGACUUCUUACACAAGAUAAUAGGAGGGUAACCAAGUCUGAUCCAAACCAACAUCUUAAGAUUAUUCAGGAUCCUGAAUACAGACGGUUUGGCUGUACUGUAGAUAUGAACAUUGCACUAGCAACUUUCAUACCACAUGACAAAGGGCCGGCUGCAAUUGAAGAAUGUUGUAAUUGGUUUCGUAAGAGAAUUGAGGAAUUAAAUUCAGAGAAGCUUCGACUCGUGAACUAUCAUCAGGAACAGGCAGUUAAUUGCCUUUUGGGAAAUGUGUUUUAUGAACGACUAGCUGGCCAUGGUCCUAAACUAGGACCUGUCACUAGAAAACAUCCUUUAGUUACCAGGUAUUUUACUUUCCCCUUUGAAGAGUUGGCCCCCUCGACAGAAGAAUCUAUGAUUCAUCUUCCAAAUAAAGCUUGUUUUCUGAUGGCAUAUAAUGGAUGGGUAAUGGGAGAUGAUCCUCUUAGAAACUUUGCUGAACCAGGUUCAGAGGUUUAUUUAAGGAGAGAACUUAUUUGCUGGGGAGAUAGUGUUAAAUUACGCUAUGGGAAUAAACCAGAGGACUGUCCUUAUCUUUGGGCACACAUGAGAAAAUAUACUGAACUAACUGCGACAUAUUUCCAGGGAGUACGUCUUGAUAACUGCCACUCAACACCUCUUCAUGUCGCUGAGUAUAUGUUGGAUGCUGCUAGGAAAUUACAACCCAAUUUAUAUGUAGUAGCUGAACUGUUCACAGGAAGCGAAGAUCUGGACAAUAUCUUUGUUACUAGACUGGGCAUUAGUUCCUUAAUAAGAGAGGCUAUGAGUGCCUAUAACAGUCAUGAAGAGGGCAGAUUAGUUUACCGAUAUGGGGGAGAACCUGUUGGAUCCUUUGUUCAGCCCUGUUUGAGGCCUUUAAUGCCAGCAAUCGCCCAUGCCCUGUUUAUGGAUAUUACCCAUGACAAUGAGUGUCCUAUUGUGCACAGAUCAGCAUACGAUGCUCUUCCAAGUUCAACAAUUGUUGCUAUGGCAUGUUGUGCUAGUGGAAGUACGAGAGGCUAUGAUGAAUUAGUACCUCAUCAGAUUUCAGUGGUUUCUGAAGAACGAUUUUACACUAAGUGGAAUCCUGGAGCAUUGCCAUCAAAUACAGGUGAUGUUAAUUUCCAAAGUGGAAUUAUUGCAGCCAGGUGUGCUAUCAACAAACUUCAUCAGGAGCUUGGAGCCAAGGGUUUUAUUCAGGUAUAUGUGGAUCAAGUUGAUGAAGACAUAGUGGCAGUGACAAGGCACUCACCUAGUAUUCAUCAGUCUGUUGUUGCUGUAUCUAGAACUGCUUUCAGAAAUCCUAAGACUUCAUUUUACAGCAAGGAAGUGCCUCAAAUGUGCAUCCCUGGCAAAAUUGAAGAAGUAGUUCUUGAAGCUAGAACUAUUGAGAGAAAUACAAAUCCUUAUAGGAAGGAUGAGAAUUCAAUCAAUGGAAUGCCAAAUAUCACAGUAGAAAUUAGAGAACAUAUUCAGCUUAAUGAGAGUAAAAUUGUUAAACAAGCUGGAAUAACCACAAAAGGACCCAAUGAAUAUGUUCAAGAAAUAGAAUUUGAAAACUUGUCUCCAGGAAGUGUUAUUAUAUUCAGAGUUAGUCUUGAUCCACAUGCGCAAGUUGCUAUUGGAAUUCUUCGAAAUCAUCUGACACAGUUCAGUCCUCACUUUAAAUCUGGGAGCCUUGCUGUUGACAACUCAAAUCCUAUAUUAAAAAUUCCUUUUGCUUCUAUUGCCUCCAAAUUAACUUUGGCUGAGCUAAAUCAGAUACUUUACCGAUGUGAAUCAGAAGAACAGGAAGAUGGUGGAGGGUGCUACACCAUACCAAACUGGUCAGCCCUUAAAUAUGCAGGUCUUCAAGGAAUAAUGUCUGUAUUGGCAGAAAUAAGACCAAAGAAUGACUUGGGGCAUCCUUUUUGUGAUAAUUUGAGAUCUGGAGAUUGGAUGAUUGACUAUGUCAGUAGCCGGCUUAUUUCACGAUCAGGAACUAUUGGUGAAGUUGGUAAAUGGUUGCAGGCUAUGUUCUUCUACCUGAAGCAGAUCCCACGCUAUCUUAUCCCAUGUUACUUUGAUGCUAUACUAAUUGGUGCAUAUACCACUCUUCUGGAUAUAGCAUGGAAGCAGAUGUCAAGCUUUGUUCAGGAUGGUUCAACCUUUGUGAAACACCUUUCACUGGGUUCAGUUCAAAUGUGUGGAGUAGGAAAAGUCCCUUCUCUGCCACUUCUUUCGCCUUCACUUAUGGAUGUACCAUACAGGCUAAAUGAGAUCACAAAAGAAAAGGAGCAGUGUUGUGUUUCUCUAGCUGCAGGGUUACCUCAUUUUUCUUCUGGUCUUUUCCGCUGCUGGGGAAGGGAUACUUUUAUUGCGCUUAGAGGCACACUGCUGAUUACUGGACGCUAUUUAGAGGCCAGGAAUAUUAUUUUAGCAUUUGCUGGUACCCUGAGGCAUGGUCUUAUUCCUAAUCUCCUUGGUGAAGGAACUUAUGCCAGAUACAAUUGCCGGGAUGCUGUGUGGUGGUGGCUACAGUGUAUUCAGGAUUACUGUAAAAUGGUUCCAAAUGGUGUAGACAUUCUCAAGUGCCCAGUAUCCAGAAUGUAUCCUACAGAUGACUCUGCUCCUUUGCCUGCUGGCACACUGGAUCAACCAUUGUUUGAAGUAAUACAGGAAACUAUGCAAAGACACAUGCAGGGCAUACAGUUCCGAGAAAGGAAUGCCGGUCCACAGAUAGAUCGAAACAUGAAGGAUGAAGGUUUUAAUAUAACUGCAGGGGUGGAUGAAGAAACAGGAUUUGUUUAUGGAGGAAAUCGAUUAAAUUGUGGCACAUGGAUGGAUAAAAUGGGAGAAAGUGAUAGAGCUAGAAACAGAGGAAUCCCAGCCACUCCAAGAGAUGGGUCUGCUGUGGAAAUUGUGGGCCUGAGUAAAUCUGCUGUUCGUUGGUUGCUGGAAUUAUCCAAAAAAAAUAUUUUCCCUUAUCAUGAAGUCACAGUUAAAAGACAUGGAAAGAUUGUGAGAGUCUCAUAUGAUGAGUGGAACAGAAGAAUACAAGACAACUUUGAAAAGCUGUUUCAUGUUUCAGAAGACCCUUCAGAUUUAAAUGAAAAGCAUCCAAAUCUGGUUCACAAACGUGGCAUAUACAAAGAUAGUUAUGGAGCUUCAAGUCCUUGGUGUGACUAUCAACUCAGGCCUAAUUUUACCAUAGCAAUGGUUGUGGCCCCUGAGCUCUUUACUGUAGAAAAAGCAUGGAAAGCUUUGGAGAUUGCAGAGAAAAAACUGCUUGGUCCCCUUGGCAUGAAAACUUUAGAUCCAGAUGAUAUGGUUUACUGUGGAAUUUAUGACAAUGCCUUAGACAAUGACAACUACAAUCUUGCUAAAGGCUUCAAUUAUCACCAAGGACCUGAGUGGCUGUGGCCUGUUGGGUAUUUUCUUCGUGCAAAAUUAUAUUUUUCCAGAUUACUGGGUCCGGAAACUAAUGCAAACACUAUAUUUUUGGUUAAAAACGUUCUUUCCCGACAUUAUGUUCAUCUUGAGAGAUCUCCUUGGAAAGGACUUCCAGAAUUGACCAAUGAAAAUGGCCAAUACUGUCCUUUUAGCUGUGAAACGCAAGCCUGGUCAAUUGCUACUAUUCUUGAGACACUUUAUGAUUUAUAAUUGGUUCAUGGAUAUUAAGUAUGCAAUCACUUGUAUUAUGGAAUACAAGGUCAUAGUAUAACAUAAAUGCCUUAUAUGCACAUGCUCAAGUCAUUUUACAAAUCUUAUCUAUUAUAAAAUUGAUGCCCAAUUAGGUAAGAUUAUAAAAGCAUUGAUCUUUCUGGUUUUGGGGUUUUUAAAAAAAAAUCUACAGAGGUAGCUUUCUAUUUGAAUCAAAAAGAAACACUAUAAUUAUCAAUGGAAUGUUUUAAGUUCAGUAAGUAUUGUUCCAAUGCCUAGAGAUUCAGAGUUGGAAAAGGAAAAAUCAUCUAUUGGUACAUAAGUGAAAAUAAAAUAUGAAAAUGCAAUAAUGAAAUAGAGAGUUAUCUUUAAAUUGUGAUAUAUAUUAUCUUCAGGCACAGUACAUACUGAAUUGGCUAUGGCUCAUUAAUGUUCUCACUAUUUACUAAGUGUAGAAUGCACUUUGCUCACUGUAUUCAAUAAAUAUUGAAAGAAUAUUGAAUGAUGGAAGUUUUCACCUACAAUGUAUGUUCAUAAAUGGAGCACAGAUGUUCAAAAUGUGCUUUUAUUUUUUUCACUGAUAUAGUAAUAUUUUUUUAAUAUAAUGAAUGCCAACAGGAUAUUUAACAUAACUUACUAUGCUAGUGAUGCAUAGGAUAUAUGGGAAAAAAUGCAAAGCAUUCGGAAAUUUCCUAAAAACGGUUCUGUUACAUUAGUCUUGAGUUCUAAUUUCCUCAUAUGAGAUAGUUUACAUUUUUUAAGUGGAAAUUAUGAGAACUUUAAAGAAAAACUGUUAUAUUAAUUUUAUAAAAACUUAACUAAAUUAUCUUUAGUUUAUGUACAAAAAAAUCUAUUGAUAGAUCAUAGUAGAUACUGGUUUCCUAUUAACCAAAACCUACACUGACAGGUUUAGCACUGAGAACAAUCUUAAUAAAAAUAUAGAUAUAAGUUCAAUCAUUAUCUUGAAUUUAAUAAAACUAUUGAAAAGUUAUUCAAGUUUUUUUUAAUUAAAAAACCUAGGCCACAGUGGUGAGUGAGAGCACUGCAUCCUAACCACUAGACCACCAGGUGCAUGUUAAGGUACCUUAAAUUAAAUCUGAAAAUGUCACAAAAGGAAUAAGGUUUCUAACAUUUAUAUGAGUUGACAUUUUUGAGUAGUACUACUCAUUUCCUAGAUGGAAGUCUUUGUUUUUUGGGUUUUUUACUGUCUUUUUCCCUCAAGAAAACACUUUAAUCAUUAUACAUUCAGUUGGAAGAAAGUAGUUGCAAAACUCCUUUCAUUACUAUUUAAUAUUAUUCAGUGGUUUAUUUAUAGGUAAUAAAAUAAUGGUACAUUAGCACUUUUCUUAGUGAGAGAUCACAUACCAAAACCCUUAACUAUGGCUGAGAAAUAAAAACGAAAAACAAGCAAAAUGAAACUUAUGUGCAGCAAAAAAUAUAUAAAUGCUUCAGCUGUCAAAUACUCAUGCUUGAAAGCUCUUGCAAUUUACUGUAUUAUUACUUGCACACCCUUCUUCAAAGCUGACCUUACUUUAGAAAUAGUUUUAACUAGCUUAGUUUUCUGGUUUCCCAACCUAAAGUAAGUAGAUGAAUUCCUACAAAUUUAAGGACAGUUGUGAUAGUAAUCUGAUCACUAUCUGUAAACACAUUGCUUUCCAAAUUUCCCUUCUUCAGUUCCUUCUUUGCUCGAUAUAUAACCUGUAGAGGCAAAAGGAAUGGCCUUCCUUGAGAGAACUAUUAGUUCAUCAAAGGUUUAUGUAGUUUUGCUGCUGUACCCUAACUUUUACCUUAAAGGGGGUAAAAAACAGUAACAGAAAACAUUUAAUGAAAGCAAGAACUAAUAGGUGACAAUUAAAUGUGACCAAAAAAAUAAAUAACAAGUUGACAGUUCUAAAAAUAUAGCCAUAUUGGGUUAUCUAUAGUAGGGCAAAGACCUACCUUGGUAAACUUUUAGGAUAUUUGCUUACACUAGAAAACUAAGCGUUUCAUAUUCCUAAUGCAGAAUAUUAAUUUAAAAAUUGUUAUACUCUGCAUGGUCCAUUUUAAAGUUUAAGAAGGCAUGUUACACAUUAUUCCAUCCAAAGUAGUUAAAAUAGCAAUUUUAGACUGUAGAAGGAAAACUGUUAUUUGGCUAAAACACAUUUAGGUAGAAUGCUUCAUUCUUGAGUGAUGCUAGGUAAGGUAUUAUAUUACGUUUUGACAGUGGUCUGUGCAUUGAUUUUUGACUGAUCCAAAUCAAUCUUUCCCUUUAAAAUGAGACAUAAACUUGCCAGUUUAACUAGGAUGCUAUGGUAUUUUAAUAGUAAAUAAGUUUUCAAAGAUAAUUAGGGAGACAUUAGACCGGUCAUAUUUAUCGAUAUUGUAACAUGUGAAUUGUAAUACAUUUCUGAUAUGUCUUAAGCUGCUCUAUGUAGUGCACAAAUGUCAGUUAUGUCUAUAUGCCAAGAAAAUAAAAAUCUUUUCUAAAGGAC